CCUCAAGCGCUACGGGGGAGUAUUGCUGCGUGUCACAGACACAACGACGCACAAGUACAGUAUGUAGUGCUCACGUCCACAUCGACCACUGCUGCAUAGGUUUGAUGGCGUAGGUCUGCGUAGCUCCUGUACCUACGCAGAGGCCUAAGCACAAAGCCGACGUUCACGUCCUCCAAAAUGUUAAUAGAGUCGAAUCAACGUGGACCGCAAGUCCUGUGAUUGGUCCACUCAGCGGCAUUGUAUUUCCUACUUUCACAGCACUUCCGGUAUCCUGGACAUCCGCCACACAUCAGCACACAGGCGGUGCCGACGGUGUGUACCAACCGACCCCUCUAUAAAUACACUGAAGCAGUGAAGUGUUCACAACAGAGCUGAGAGCCUUUAAAGAAGACUUUGAACACACCACAGAGAGAGCAGCAGGAUGAAGACCAUUAUUUGUUUGUCAGUCCUCCUCACAGUUCUGUCCCAGCUGUCCGGAGCUGUGACGGUCACGGAAGGAGACUUUCAGUUCUCCCUGGAGGCGGUGAAAGCUCUCGGAGCACUGAUGAACGGAGGCGAUCCUUCGACUAAACAGGUUCUCCGGCCAGUGGAGACCAAAGCAGAAGCUGUGUGUUCACACCCUGAUCUGCCUGAAGACUUCAAAUCUCUGUGUCUGAGGACAGAUGCAGGGGAGUCUCUGGCUCGACUAGUGGGGGUAGCUUCACAUCUUGACACCUGUGAGAUCUGUGAAUACGCCGCCUGCACCGGCUGCUGAGAGGAAAUCUGCUUUUAAAUGUUGUGUGUCGUAAAAUGAUAGCUGCUGAAUCAAAAAUGAAUGUGUAGAUAUAAAAACGAGCAUAAACAUUGAUUAAAUUUUUUUGGUACCUGUUGAUUAUAUUGUGUUAAUGUUCUCAUAGUUUGAUGGUCAUGAGUUUAAGGUGUCUCAUUUCAAUCGAGCCAAAUGCACAUGGUCAAAGUUU